GUGUGCACUCGUUUUUUUUUUCGGUAACGCAUUUAUCUUUGGCCGAUUCGUGUGUGUUAUCUGCACCACCGCGACGGCGGUCAGUAGCCAUCUAGACCGUCUCCGAUAAACAGUCUCCACAGGACUCGCUAUACAGUCAGCUACCAGUCACCGCGGUAACACACGCGUCAACCAAAUUUCGUGCCCACCGGUUUCGUGUCACCUAAUACUCACGGAUUAAUACCUCAAAUUGUACCAUUAACUCCAGAAUCUAAAACUACAGUAAUGAACUUGAAUACCUCAGAGCGUCCAGAAAAUGACGACGUUUUAAAAACACACAACGAUGAUGAUCAAAGAAGAAAACCCAUGUUUUUAUUUAGCGUGGAUUAUAUAUUGAAUAAAGCCGGGGAGACGAAUGCUGAAGACGAUACCGAUCAACAAAAUAAACAGCAUUUUGACUGGUUGUAUUGUACACGAUUCAAGCCUCCAAAACUCGACAGGAUAAAAAGGAAGGAUGGGAAACAUAGACAGAAACGGAGGCCUGGACGCAAUCCGAGGAUACCAUUUACCACCCAACAAGUUUCGGUAUUGGAACAUGAAUUCCGGCGGAGUGCAUAUUUAGGAGGAACUAACGAUGUACAUGUAUUGUCUGACAGAUUGCGACUAUCGGAAAGUAGAAUAAAAAUAUGGUUUCAAAACCGUAGAGCCAGAGAACGCAGAGAUCAUCAUAGUGGAAGUUUACCCGGAUCAUCUAGUACUAACUCUACUAAUAAUUCUUCUCAACAACGACUCCCGAUAUCGUCUACAUCUGCGUUCAAACCAUUGGUGCCAUCACACACUUAUGUUGAAGGAAAUUAUUCUCCGUCUUGAAAUCGAAUUUAUAAAGUAUACACGAUGUUAGUAAACAUAAUUAAUUUAAUGUAAAGUGUUCCCUGAAACUUGACAUGAAAUAUUUUAUAUAUUAAGUUGUAUCAUUAAUGAAUUGUGAUUUAUAUAUAAUCGCGAUUUUUUUGAUAGCUCAGCUUUUUAUAACUUGCAUGUCGAAUAACGUUGUAUUUACUAUUGUUUGAAUUACGUGCCAUACAGGCUUAUGUAAUAUUAUAAACUAUUAAAUUUGAAAACGACUAAACUAUUUUGAUUGUGUAACAAACCUAAGUGAAACAAAAUUUUUCGUCGUAUCUAUUUGUUGUAAUCGAUAUUUAAAGCGUUGGAAAGUUUAAAUGUAAUGUAAAUAUUUUAGAAGUGUAUAAAAAUAAAUAUAUUAUAUGAAUAUUACCUUGGUGUUAAAGUAAAGCUGUUAAUUUUUUCAAAAAGCUAAAAUGAUUUUAAUAUUUUGAAAACUUAGUAUAUUUUAAUGAUUAUAUUUACUGAGUUCUAUUACCUAUUUGAAUUGAUUAAAAUAAAUUUCAAACUGGGUUUAUCUGUCACUUAAAUUGCGCUAGUCCUUUUAUUAAUGGUGAUUGAUGAACAUAUUUUAAAAAUAUUUUAUUACUAUUAUAUAAAAUAUAAAUUACUUAUUAUUACACUAGUGCAAAAUUAUUAAUCUCUAAUCAAUAUGUAAAUGAAGCAACAUUUCACUAAUUCUCAGAAAUAACAGAUACCUAUGUAAAAUUCAAACUUAUGACACUGUAUAUAUUUUU